GCCGGCAGCGGAGGCUUCUGGGCGCUGCAACCCCGGAACCACACCAGGGGAAGGGAGGAGAGAGGAGGGGAAAGGCAGCGGCAUGGCGACGGCGUUCAAGACAGUGGAACCGUUGGAAUACUAUAGAAGAUUUCUGAAAGAGAACUGUCGACCUGAUGGGAGAGAGCUAGGUGAAUUCCGGGCAACCACUGUCAACAUAGGUUCAAUUACAACUGCGGACGGGUCUGCCCUGGUGAAAUUGGGAAAUACGACAGUAAUUUGUGGAGUUAAAGCGGAACUUGCUGCACCUGCAGUAGAUUCUGCUAAUAAAGGAUAUAUUGUUCCAAAUGUAGAACUGCCAUCCCUCUGUUCAACAAGGUUUCGCUCUGGACCUCCUGGCGAAGAGGCUCAAGCAGCAAGCCAGUUCAUUGCCGAUGUGAUUGAAAAUUCACAGAUAAUAGCAAAGGAAGAUCUGUGUAUUGCAAAUGGCAAGCUUGCUUGGGUGUUAUACUGUGACAUCAUAUGUCUGGACUACGAUGGAAACAUCUUGGAUGCCAGUGUCUUUGCUUUGUUAGCAGCAUUAAAAAAUGUCCAGUUGCCAUCUGUUACUAUAAAUGAAGAAACUGGUUUGUCGGAAGUUAAUUUAAAACAGAAGAAUCCCCUGGUUAUCAGAAAGCAUCCAGUUGCCACGUCCUUUGCUAUAUUUGAUGACACAUUACUCAUAGUUGAUCCAACUGCUGAAGAAGAAGACUUAGCAACUGGAACAGUAACUGUUGUAACUGAUGAAGAAGACAGACUCUGUUCUGUCCAUAAGCCAGGUGGAAGUCCUCUGACAGGUGCCAAGCUUCAGGACUGUAUCACCAGAGCCAUAACAAGACACAAAGAAGUGAAGAAGCUGAUAGACAAAGUAACAAAAAGCAUAAAGCCCAACUGAACAAAAGAGUGAAGUUGCUGGAUUACUUGUAUCUGUUGCUGCUGCUGCUGCAAGGCUUGUUGUUGUUGCUGUUGUAAGGCAGAAGAGAGCUGGAGUCUCUGCUGAGGAAGGCUUUGCCCAGGUCUGUUCACGGCAGAGCCAAGCUGAGACAACACUAAGAAAGGAGAAGGGGAAAGCAGGCAGGUCAAAGAGGUCAGGUUGAGUUUGUCAGGGUUGGGAAAGGAAGACAUAGGAAUAGAGUGUAACAUAAAGGGAGGAUCAACAGAAUUAGUUUAAGUAAAAUUGGAAACAGUGCAGAAUAAAAUAUACAUGAUAUACAUACUUGGUUAGUUAUAACAUAAUUAGAUUAUGAAGUGCUUGUGGAGACACAAAGAGGUUUCUCAUACUGGAUGUUAAGCACACAGUUAAAGAAAUAUUCUUCAAUGAAGUCUGGCAUGGAAUUUUCCUGUAUUUUUUUAUCGUAUCAAGUGUGGCUUAUUCAUGUGAUAUAACCAAUUUAUUACACUUAACUGCCAAACAAAGCAGAGAAGUGCAUGUGUUGGUAGUGGAAGUCCAGUAUUUCUUGUAAAAUUCAUAUGCUGAUAAUAAAUAGCAAGUUGUUCUGUAA